UAAUCAUUGACAGUGACAUUUAACGAAAACAUCCAAACCUUUAAUAAUUUUUAUAAACACUUUGCAAUAAAUACCUGACGGAAACAAAAAAAAAACCCAAACAAAUCCAGUUCCAAAUUUGGUCGAAAAGCCUCAUUAUAAUUCAUAGGUGAGGUAUCCAGGAUGACUUGAAGGCGUUUCCGACCCGAGCAGACGACAGACAGAGAAAACCAAAAAAUGUCUUCACAAUUUUCAAGGCAAAAUGGUAAACAGAAGAGAUUUUCUAUCGACGACGCUUUUGAGGAAGAGACCGACGAGGCCAUCAAGGUUUACGGGGCCACCAGUCCCACCACGCCCAACUGCAAGAUUAUGGGACAGGGUGACUCUGGAAUCGGCAUCACUAUGGAGAAUGGAAGGGGUUACAAGUCUGUAACGGACACGUCCAGGGAUAGCGAUUCCUUAAUACAUGACUCCUAUGACUGGUCAAGAGAGGAGGACUUUCACAGAUCUUGUUUUACCCAUCCGAAAGUGAGAGAAAAUUGGAGGAUGGUUUUGGCAGCUACAAUUUUACUUCUUAUAGGGAUGGGACUUUUGGUUACUGGCACAUUGACUCUGAGCGAGCCCAAUUCUGUUUUACAAGCUUCAGUGUUUUUGUUAGCAGGUUUUAUUUGCUUCAUACCAGGAGCAUACCAUGUAGUGUACAUUUACCUUGCAGCGAAAGGUAAAAGGGGCUACCACUUUCAUAAUUUACCUCUGUUCACCUGAAUAGCUCACCUUAUAUUAGUUAGAUAGUAAGGUUAGGAAUAGUUAAGGGGUCUUCCAUAGUUGAUUAUAAGUUGUGCUUAUAUAAUGUGACAUAUCUAUGGAGGAUUUCUGAUUAACUGCAUUUUAGUGCUUUUAAACGUUUUCAGCACUCGGUUUUCUGAUGUUUCUUUUGCACUUUUGGGAUCAGUUUGUGUGAUAAGUUUUAGUUUUAUUAAAAACACUCGAAAAAAAGCUUUAAUGAAGGAUGAUGAUGUGUGAACACAUGAUUUGUGUUCCUAGGUUAGGUGUUUAGAAAAUUGGAUUCUUUAGAAGCCUUUUUUUCUUAAGUUUCUUUUUAUGGCAUAUAAUAUUGUAAAAUGACCAGGAUAUGAGAAGUUAAUCAAUAAUCAAAAAUUAAUAGUAUGUCAUUUUACUAUUAUUACAUAAAAAUAGAGCCUUGAGCUAGCUUCCUGUUGUAUAUAUUUCUUAAUUUUAUUUAAAUGAGAGUGAAAUCAGAUUAUUUUCAAUAUCUGAAUUGUAUUAAUAACCAUGUAAUAUGUUCUUGUGGAUAAGAGAGAUCUUAAAUAUAUUCUUAAAUGAAUAAAAUCUCUCUUAUAUUUGUGCUGUGCCAUGUGUAUCCAAAAUAAUUUCUUUUCGCGAAUGGUUCUUCCAAAGGAAGAAAAUUGAAAGAAAACACUCGAUUUAGGUGUAUUUUUGUAAUAUGUAACUUUGAAACCAAAGUGAUUGUUGUCAUUUUAAAUGCAAUUGUAGGUAAGUUAUUUAUAGUGUAUUGAUCAAUAAUUUUAAAUAAAUAUUAUAGUGAUGAA